AUGUUGAAUAGUACGACGACAAAAGUCGAGAUUGACGGAUGGUCAGUGUUGUUUAAUGUUCCUAAUACGUUGUCGUGGAUACGUAUCAUACUACUGUUCCUUAGUCUUCGAUAUUUUGGUAAACGGAAAUAUCUCCUGUUUGUUGUUCUUCAUACAGUAUCUGGAUUUCUCGAUUUGUUCGACGGAAUUCUAGCGCGAUCACUAGAACAAAAUUCGAUCGUUGGGAAAUUUUUCGAACAUAUCCUCGACCAAUAUUCUCAUUUUCUAAUGAAUGCGUGCAUUGGAUUUCUUUAUCCGUCCUACAUCGCCUAUUUCUUCUACGAAGUUGCCAUUGAACUCUGGAAUUCGAUAUUCAAUUUGUACAUACAUACAAUCAAAACCUCAGAUCAAGCGUGGUGGCACCAGACUACAUUCUUCUCGUCUGCGUGUUCGCUCACAAUUCACGAUCAUCCGAAUCUUCGUUUGUUGAAUUGGUAUGGGCCGGAUAUAUUCCAUGUAGUAUUAGUACUACGCUACAUUUUGCUCAAUGAAGCAGGUGGAAGGUUUAUGAUGAUAAUUAAACAACAUAUCUCGAUGAGAAAACUUCAGUUAAUUAUUGUAUAUGUACUCUGUUUUACCGGAUUUUUUGCACUUCUACGCACCUUUGUAACAUCCUGUUUUAUGUUAGAAAAAUUGUAUAAGUUAGCUGAAGCAAGAUAG